UGGUGCUGGUCCUCCAGCGGUGUGUGUCAGUGGAGGGGGCACGGCGGAGACGUGGCGGGGGCUGUCACUCACAGAGGCGGAGGAGGCCGGGCCGGGGCCUGCCCUGCAGGAGAUGUUCUAGUCAUGGCUGAAAAAGAUGGCAGUGAACGUCUAAAGGCAGGUGCCUCCCAGAAGGAUGAGACUGGACGGAGAGCGGAGGAAGCUGGGUCCGUGCAGAGCAGCGGUAGGGAAGAGGAUGAACCUGAACCUGUGGCUCUGACUCGGAAAAGACCCGAAGCCAAACCCUCCAGCGAGCCUAUUGCUGCAGGAGAGCCGGUGGAUCAAGCCCUGAAAGUAUCUGAUUCCACUGAUGCAUCUCAGACGGGAUGGGGAUACUGGGGGAGCUGGGGAAAGUCACUUCUCUCCACUGCCUCGGCCACAGUAGCUACAGUAGGACAAGGUAUUUCGAAUGUCAUCGAAAAAGCAGAGACGUCCCUUGGGAUCCCCAGCCCUAGUGAAAUCUCAUCAGAGGCCAAAGUUGUUACAGGAGGAAGCCAGAGUUCUGAAGCAAGCAGUACAGGUGGAGUUGAUGACAGCAGUUUCUCUCCCAUCAGUGGAGCUUUCGGAGUUUUAUCCACUCUUUCUACAGCUGUUCAAAGCACAGGGAAAAGUGUUAUUAGUGGAGGUUUGGAUGCCUUGGAAUUCAUUGGAAAGAAGACAAUGGAUGUGAUAGCUGAAGGAGACCCUGGAUUCAAGAAAACAAAGGGCUUAAUGAACAGGAAUUCUACACUAUCCCAGGUCUUGCGAGAGGCAAAGGAGAAAGAAGAGCAGCGGACAGCUACUGAGGUUACCAUGGCUACUGAGAAGAAAGCCCAUUAUGGGUUACUCUUUGACGAGUUUCAGGGUCUUUCACAUCUGGAAGCCUUGGAGAUGCUUUCCAGAGAGAGUGAUUCAAAGGUGAAGUCGGUUAUAAACGCCCUCUCUGGAGAAGAGUUAGACAUGUUAAAAGUGGAGUUGGAGCAGCUCAAAGAAGCAUUUUCAUUAGCUGAAUUUUAUGAUGAUGAAGAGGAAGAGAAGAAGGGAGACGAAGAUUUCACAAAGGAAAUAACUGCGCUUUUCUUCGAACUGCACGUCUCUGCCAAGCCAGACAAACUAGCCGUGGCAAGGAGAUCUGCUCGUGAAUGGAUUGAAAGACUCAACGUGGAAGCUCCAAAAGAGGGGGAAAUGAGCGAAGAAAACCAACAGCUGGAUUCAGGGGAUGCUGACCAAGAUGCUCAGACAUCGGUAGAGGAUAUUCAUGCCUUUGCCAUUAGAAGUCUGGCUGAACUGACAGCCUACUCCAUUGAAAUGUUCCACAAAACUGCAGCAUUGGUCCUACAUGGUCAGAAGCAAGAGGUGUCAGCCACAGGCCGAGCCAAAGCCCUUUCACAAAUGACUAUUGUGCUGUGUAAAGAAUUGUCUUCUCUAUCUAAAGAGUUCACUACAUGCUUAACAACUGCAGGGGUCAAAGAGAAGGCAGAUGUGCUUAACCCAUUAAUCACUGGAGUGUUUUUGGAGGCUUCAAACAGUGCUUCGUAUAUCCAAGAUGCCUUCCAGCUACUCCUGCCUGUGCUACAGAUCUCUCUGAUCCAGACUCGAACUGAAUUAUCACAGCAGUGAAUUAAUCCUGCUAGUCAAGCAGAAAGCACAUCUGCCCACUUGAUCGUUCCCUUGCCUGGGAAUGGGGUAGGGACAGAAAAUAAACGAAGCUUUAAUCACUGGUACUACAGUGGUGAUGAUAAAAUGCUGACUGGCCAGGUCUUAGCUGUACAAUUUGUCAGGAGACAUGAAGGAUGCAAUUAGCAUAGUCUAGGCAUCUGGGCAAUCUGGCAGGUUAAAAAUGCAGGUGGUUUCUUAGGGUCUGGCUACACUUAAACCGCUACAGCAGUGCAGCUGUGCCUAUGUUGUACUUGAGUGUAGACACUACCUACGCUGACCAAAGGGGUUCUCCCAUCAGGGUAGGCAAUCCACCUCCCCAAGACGCAGUAGCUAGGUCAAUGAAGAAUUCUUCCGUCCACCUAGCUGUGUCUCUUAGUGGUGUGGAUUUUUCACACCCCCGAGAGACGUAGCAGUGCCGAUGUAAAUUCCCAGUGUAGACCAGUCCUUAGUUUGGCUGACUGUUUAUCACUCUUCGCUCUGCGCUCCCAUAGCUGAGUAUGUUAAUGAGCUCUUUCAGGAAAGACUAUUUUGAGGACGACUGAAGCUAAAUCACUCUAGAGAAAAGACUAGGGUAACCGGUUAAUGAGUAUUUAACCAAACUCUCCAGCUGAGUUUGAAUUUCGAGGCCCAUAUUUAUGUUCCUGCUAAGUUUGUGCUGGAUACAAGAUCCGGCAAGGUUCAGAGUCUCCGGAAUGAUUUCAGCUUUGAAAGAACAGAAUCUAAGGUCCCUGUUGCUCUGUGUAUCCAAAAGCAGCAGCUUGCUGAAGGGUGCUGAUCUCUUCCAUACGUACUGAGGUCUGGGAUGGGGCUUGAGGAUUUUGACGUGUUUCUCUUUCCUGCAAGAUGUUUGCUUCAAGAAGACAAGUGUUGCACUAGGGUUACACGUAGGCCCGUUAGUGAGAAGAAAGCUGUAACGGGGCUGAUUUGUCCAGCGUAACAGGGUGCGUGGCCCUGUAGUAAUAAAUGAAGGGCAACCAGAAGGUAUGGGUUCCUGGUCAAGUGAUUAAGACAACAAAGCAGAGAAUUUCUCAUUACCUUUCAGUACAACUUGACCCAUGAGUCACUGUCUGCGACGUUUGUCACAUAUCACUGAAGGACUUCCUUAGGCUACUGUCUAAAAGUGACGCACUGCACUACUUCAUGUCUCAGUAAGAGGCGAUUAGAAUACGUCUGAGAGGAAACAGCUUGACGCUGGCACUGGGACCCCUCAUCUGCUCCACAAGCUGCCGUUCCACACAGGGCGUCUUUUUCUUUGUGCUUUAAAAACUUCCUUAUUUUGUUACUUUUGGCACUCCGUAGCUUUUGAGCUUCUUCACUGGAAGGGAACAGCCUCUGCUGCACCAACAGGGAAAGAAAAAGGUGGCUUAAACAGAAUAAAAAAGGAGUCUAGGCAACUAAUGAGAGUAGACUGCUGUCAUACCUGCGUUCCUCAGUAUUGGCUCAUCAGUAAUGAUGAAUCUCUAGUCCCAGCCUUCGACCUCUCCAGAUUUUAGCAGGUCUUGCAAAUCUCUACUCUUGGGUUUCAUGCUUCCCUGCGCUCUGCUCCGCUGAUGCAGCUUGUUGCCAAGCAGAGGGAGUUGUGUUUUACUACAGAAACACCUUUUUGCAAAUAGCUUCUCCUAUUUUGUAUAGCUGUAAAAAUCCUUGCUUCACUUUUGUUUGAAUGAUCAAAUCUGUGGAUGCAUUGACUUUUCUAAUAAUAAAACCAUACAUGGAAUAAGUGUUCA